AUGUUCUCGCUCCUGCUUCUGGUCCUUGCUACAGCCUGCGUGUUCUCCAUGGGGGUGGGGCUGUGGGUUGUCGGCAACCACUUCCUCACAGCAGACAUCCCUGCAGCCGUUGGCCACCCCGUGAAACUUCAGGUCCUCCAUUGCUUCUUCCAGCUGUUAGUGACAUGGGGGACGAUUUUUGAGAAACUGAGAAUCUGUUCUAUGCCCCAAUUUGUCCGUUUCAUUCACGAGCUGGUGCCGCUAAAGAAGGAUCUGGAUAGGAAAGUCAAGGACCUCUGGUACGGGAGGAUCCCUGUGAAGCUGUACCAGCCCAAGGCGUCCUCAAGCACCCUCAGGUCUGGCAUCGUGUUGCAAGGCGGCGGGGGCAUCGUAGGGAGCUUGAAAACUCACUGUGGCUUAUGCUGUCAUUUGUGCAAGGAGAGUGACUCAGUGGUUCUAGCAGUUGGGUUCAGAAAGAUGCUCAAGCAUAGGUUUCCGGUGACAGUAAGAGACUCCAUGGUGGCUACCAUCCACUUCUUGAAGUCCUUGAAUACAUAUGGGGCAGAUCCAGCCUGGGUCGUGGUCUGUGGUGACAGUGUGGGUGGGGGUGUGGCAACAAUACUCUGUCAAAACCUUGUGGACAGUUCUGAUCUCCCCAAGAUCCGUGCUCAGAUCCUGAUCUACGCCGCUCUCCAAGCCCUGGAUUUCCAGCCUCCUUCUUAUCAGCAGAACAAGGACAUUCCACUGCUCAGGCAGAAUUUGGCCUUCUACCGUUGUUGA